AUAACAUUGUCCCAUCUGUGUUCAAUAACAUUGUUACUUGUUAAUUGUGUCUGAAUUGUUCUCUCGUUCAUCGAACAAAGAAUCGCGAUAAGGAUGCGUGUUAUCCGUCAGCUGGGACAACUCUGAAUUUCAAAGAGAUAUCGUUGAAAAAAAGCGGAGAAUAGGUCAAGCUUGAAUUUUUAACGAUCCACGGUCUUCGGCGUACGUAUAUAAGACGAAAGGAAAAUUCUACUGGGAAAUGUUGCUCGUGUUGUUUCGCGGUUAAACUAUAUUAACAACGAAUUCGUUAUGUCGCGUCUCACCGCAUGGAUUGCUGCUUUGUUCAUAUUGAUCGGAUCUGUUUGGUCACAGGAACAGAUUCUUGAAGAAGGAAUCGAGGAACCAAGAUUCGGCUUUGGUUUGCUCGAGCCGAUACGAAUAUAUUUUUGCAAGAAUUCUUGCGAGUCGACUGAAGGAAAGCCGUACAUACUGAAUCUUGCCUGUGCCGUAAAGUGUCCUGAAUUAUAUUUACCUCAUACAACAUCAAACCCAGCUACUUCAACAAUAAAAUCAUCGAGUUCACCAGCUGAAUCGAGUAUGCCAGCUAUGAGUAUGCCAGUUAUGAGUAUGCCAACUGCAACAAAUAGUAUGCCAACUGCAACAAAUAGUAUGCCAACUACAAUGCGUAUAUGAACAGAACCGAAUUUGUCAACUAAAUCGAAUAUGGUAGCUGUACCACGGAAUGCUUCGACAUUAAGUAAUAUCACUAAUGCUAAUGCUGACUCAACAUUACUUUUUCUUUAUGUACGAAUAAGAUUUUUUGAGAAUUUCAUUAUAUAUUUUCGUAGAAUAUAAUAUACUAACAACUAAUGUAUAUUUUCUAUUCAACUUUAGAUUAGUAUGACGUUAUGGAAAUUUCAUGGUUCGUUAUUAAUAACAAACUGCGUGUCGAAAUGAGAAAGACUUUCUUUCGGUCUUUUGCAUUGGACUAACGAGAAUGAAAUUUUUGCUAACACAAUGUUAAUUAUGGAAGUUAUUAAAUCCGUUUCUUUUGUAUGUAGAGAACGAGUUUUUCGAGAAUUUUUAAUACAUGGUUCUUUAGAGUGUAGCCCAAUAUUUUUAUAUAUAUAUAUAUAUUUUCUAUCUAUAUAGAUUGACAUGAUGUUAUGAACAAGUGAAAUUUUUACUUACACGAUUUGAUACAAUUUGUUGGCUUUUUAUAUUUCUAAAUAAAUUGUGCUUUCAUCAACGAGA